GCAAUAACUACUACGUAUCAAAGUCAAAAGUGGUGGCAAUGAAAGUUAUUGUUACAGCACUACACUAAGGUCGAUCUGUACGUUGGUUUUGACGCCAAAGGAAAGGAACCUAGUUUUAAACUUCAACUUAUCGGAUACAUAGCCUAAAAAUGGAAACAUCCAAAUUAGUAUCACUUGUUUUCGUUUUUCUCGGAAUUUGUGUCAAGAUUAUAGCCUGCAACCAGUGGACAGCAGGGAUUUUCGCAAUACCAAAAUUGAAUGUGAAGCUCUCCAACACGCCGAAUGACACAAGUCUGGACAUUCACACAUGGAAUCAAUGUCUACUGUUGUGUGCGCACGCAACUACAUGUAAAGCAUUUAACUACCAUGUAUACUCCUUCAGAUGUGAAUUAUUUGUAGAUGUGGAUUGUAGGAAAUUGGACAAGUCAGAUGGGUGGAAAUUUGGUGUGAUUAAAACAGAUAAUAACUCCAAAACAAAUGUGGCGGUAAAUAAAACAACGUAUCAAUCUACAAUCGGUAGCAAUGGUCGAUCAGGACGAGCUGUAGAUGGGAAUACAGAAGGGAUAUACAAUGAAGAAUCGUGUACACAUACACUUGAAGAGAUGCAUCCAUGGUGGAUCGUUGACCUUGGGAAAGCAUAUGAACUGUGCAAGAUAGUUAUAUGGAAUCGCCUCGACUGCUGUAGUGAUCGUCUUCAUGACUUCGCAAUCGAAGUAAGCAAUGAGCUGUUUGAUGGAGAAAACGUCAAUAGUACAUCCUGGUCUAGAGAAUACCUGUACACUGGGACGCCGGCAAACAACCCGACAACAAUUGCAUUCCCACAGACGUCUGUUGGAAGAUACAUCAAGAUUCAGAAUGCAAUAGAUUCGUCUAUUGACGCUUUGACCCUGUGUGAAGUUGAGGUAUAUGUUGAGAGUGCCGACUGCGAGUGUGCAUUGGGGAAAGUUUAAUCUUUAAUAUAUCGUGUCAUAGUGGAGAAAACUGGAACUUCGUGAAAAAAUAUGACUCGAAUCAUUGAAUUUAUGACAUUAUUGUUAAUAUUCACUUGUUAUGCUUAUCAAAUCAGACAAUCUGUGAAUAAAUUGACGUGUCCACCAGACGUUUACAAGAUUUCACAGAUAGCCUAGCAAUCGAGAGCUUCAAAAUCCACCUAAUUGAAAGCUACUCUUUUAUGACCAACUUAUUUUAA